AUGGUCGCCGCCCCAGGGUCUCUCGCCGUCGAGGAUAAAGGAUGCUAUAUACCGCAUCACGCUGUGUGGAAAACUACGGAAGGACAGCAGAAGAUUCGGGUGGUAUUCAACGCAUCGAACGUUAACGCUGGAGGAUCUUCGCUCAACGAUGCGCUCCUUCCUGGUCCGAAAUUGCAAGCGGAUCUCUGGGCAGUCGUAACUCGUUGGAGGCUGUUUAGAGUGGCGUUCUCGGCAGACAUCGAGAAGAUGUUCCGUCAAAUUCUGAUCCAUCCGGAUGAGCAGAAUUGGCUGCGGAUUCUGUGGAGGAAACACCCAGGUGAGAGGGUAACAGAAUAUGGUUUGAAUACGGUAACGUAUGGAACCGCUCCAGCUCCCUACCUUGCUCAUCGAGUUCUGAGGCAGCUUGCCUUCGAUGAGGAGAACCAAUUCCCCUUGGCCUCCCAGGUUCUGCGCGGCAAUACAUAUGUAGACGACAUAUUGGCUGGCGCAGACAGCGCCGAGGAUGCCAGGAAAAUUCAAGGGGAGUUGAUUGAAAUCCUCGCCUCGGCUGGUUUUCCCCUUGACAAGUGA